CAACUGACUAAUCUCCCAUAAUUCAUUGCGCGAGUCCGUUCAUGACAUGACUACUCCUGCUUCUCGGGGUAUCUUGCCUGUGAAGGCUCUUCGGUGAUACACACGUGGGGAGUUUGAACACACCGCUACUUCGCUAAAGGUUUAGAUCCAAAUCUGAGGAUGACUAGUGAGAACGUGGAGCGGCUGUUGAUCCAGUUUCAGGAUGAAGAAGGGGAGGUUCUGGGUUCACCUUUUGAUGUGCCUUUAGACAUCACCCCUGACAAACUACAGCUCGUCUGCAAUGCACUGCUACAGAAGGAUGAGCCAGUGCCACUGGCAUUUUUUGUGCGUGGAGAGGCUGAGGUGGUGUCCAGUCUGGGGUCGUGUGUACAGGCUCUUGGGGUCGAGACAGAGCAAGUUCUGCCUGUUGUAUAUCAGCCUCAAGCUGUGUUCAGGGUACGAGCUGUUUCCCGCUGUACCAGCACGCUACAGGGACACACAGAAGCAGUCAUCUCAACUGCUUUCAGCCCCACUGGCAAAUAUCUGGCCAGUGGUUCAGGUGAUACCACAGUGCGUUUUUGGGACCUGACAACUGAGACGCCCCACCACACUGCCAGAGGACACACACAUUGGGUACUAUGCAUCACCUGGUCACCCGAUGGCAAGAAGCUGGCUUCGGGGUGCAAGAAUAGUCAGAUCUGUUUGUGGGAUCCUGUGACUGGUACACAGAUGGGAAAGACUUUGAGUGGACACAGCAAGUGGAUCACUUGGCUCAGCUGGGAACCUCUCCACCUGAACCCAGAGUGUCGGUACUUAGCCAGUAGCUCUAAGGACGGCUCAAUACGUGUCUGGGACACUGUGUUGGGGCGCUGUGAGAAGAUCCUGACUGGACACACUCAAUCAGUCACCUGCGUAAAGUGGGGAGGAGAUGGACUACUUUACACUUCCUCCCAGGACAGAACGGUCAAAGUGUGGAGAGCCAAAGAUGGUGUCCAGUGCAGGACUCUGCAGGGUCACGCCCACUGGGUGAACACCCUGGCUCUCAGCACUGACUAUGUCCUGCGCACUGGAGCUUUUGAACCUGCAACCGCGACUAUCAACCCCCAGGACAUCACUGGAUCAUUGGAAGAACUGAAGGAGAAAGCGUUGCAGAGAUAUAAUAAAAUUAGGGGUUCAGCUCCAGAGCGCUUGGUGUCCGGCUCAGAUGAUUUCACCUUGUUCAUGUGGAACCCUGCAGAAGAGAAGAAGCCUCUGGCCAGGAUGACCGGCCACAGUGCUCUGGUCAACGAGGUUCUCUUCUCCCCAGACACCAGGCUCCUCGCCUCUGCCUCAUUCGACAAGUCUGUUAAAAUCUGGGACGGACGCACUGGAAAGUACUUGAUAUCCCUGCGUGGCCAUGUGGCUUCUGUGUAUCAAGUGGCAUGGUCAGCAGACAGCAGGCUGCUGGUCAGUGGCAGCAGCGACAGCACACUUAAAGUUUGGGACAUCAAGACCGGGAAGCUGAACAUGGACCUGCCUGGCCAUGCUGAUGAGGUUUAUGCAGUAGACUGGAGUCCUGAUGGACAAAGAGUGGCCAGUGGCGGGAAAGACAAAUGUCUCAGAAUAUGGAGAAAAUAGCCACACCUCGGUUCUCCCUCCUAACUUCGGCAGAGGACUUCACAUCUUCUGUCUAUCAAGAAGAAGCCCGACAGCUGGAGCAAAGGUGUCUCUGCUGCCUCUAAUUGGGCUUUGGUACACUGUCUGUCACGAAUGGCAGUGUGUCAAGGAGCUUCUUACCAGUUAUGAUGCAAAAGCCCUCUCCAGGUUUGAAACCCAUGUGGGAAUAUUAACGAUGUAACACCAUAAAGGUGUUUACCGGCGUGGGAAUGUCAAACGGGAGAGUUUAUAGUCAGAACUUCCAUUCAUUGCAAGUAGAAACUACACUGUAAAAUGUCAGUGUUAGCAUCUGCAAUUGAAAGGGCUUCCAUUCAUGUACAUAUUGUUUUGUACAUCAGGGGCCCUGACAUGAACUUCCUCCUAAAUGUAAAGCCUUAUUAUAGUGCCACGCCUAUAUGUAGAAACCACAUGCAUUAUGUAUUUAAAAAUGAAUACAGAAUAUAAUCUAAAGAAAUUCAAUGAGCUGCAAACGUCAAGAUUAAAAAAGAGUUUAACGUUACUAAAUGAACUACAUUCUGUAGGUGGAAGGUCGACCAGUGUGGCAACAGGUGGGAGAGUUUAAUACCUUCCUCUGAUUCAGACCACGCUCGCCCUCCACCUUCAGCCUUUAAGCCUUUGAUCCUCCAUCCCAUCGAGAAGAAACCAGGUUCACCAUUCCAGUGAAAAUAAUGUGUUUUUAUUUUCUGUAACUGGCUUUGUGAAUAUUUGAUAAUAAAUAUUUACAACACAACUUUU